AUGGCUAUUUUGAACUCAAAUCCAGAGAUACUUCUAAAGAAAAGAAAGAAUGCUGAUAGAAAAAGAUUAGAAAAACAAGAGCAAAUAAGGGAAAAGUUAAAAGAGAAACAAAAACUUAAAAAGAAGAAUCAAAAUAAAUUUAUUAGAGCAGAAACAUUGGUAUCAAAUAAUAAAACAAAUGAAUUAGAACGUAAAAGAAUUAAAAAUUUAACUAAAAAAGCAAAAACAGAUUCUUCAGAUUCGAAUUACAAAUUAUUGUUUCUUAUACGUAUCCCAAAUUUUCAAAAAGGUCUUAAAAUUCCAGUUAAAGCAUUUCAAAUUUUGAAGAUUUUAAAAUUGAUUGAAUCAAACACUGGUGUUUUCGUCAAAGCAAACAAUCAAGUUUUAAAUUUAUUGAAUUUGAUAUCUCCGUAUAUAAUAAUUGGACAGCCAUCAAUACAAUCAAUAAGGAAAUUAUUUCAAAAGAGAGCAAGAGUCGCAAUAAAAGAAGACAAUGAAGAAGAACCAAAAGUUGUAAAGUUAGAUAAUAAUCAAUAUGUUGAAGAUAAGUUUGGUAAUGAUUUAGGUUUGAUAUGUAUCGAGGAUAUAAUUCAUGAAUUGAUUAGUUUAAGUGAUAACUUUAAAAUUAUAAAUGGUUGGUUAUUACCUUUCAAAUUAGAGUCUCCAAUUAACGGAUGGGGUCCACAGUCUAAAUUAGCAAGAUUGAAUUAUAAAGAUGAUAAUAAGGUUAAGCUUAAUUUAUCACAAGAUUUAAAAUUAAAAGAAAUUGAAGAUAUCGAUAAAUUUAUCGAUCAACAAAAUUAA